GCGCCUCGUGCAUUCAGCAUAUCAUCACGGGAAACACGGGUUCUAGCUUCAACAGUGUUUGAACGGAACUUCCUCCUGUGAUCUCCUUCGCCUGUUGUUGCCCUUUCAGCUGACAGAAGAUGACGUCCCAGGUUCGCCAAAACUUCACCCAGGAGGUGGAAGCUGCCAUCAACCGGCAGGUCAACCAGGAGCUCUACGCCUCCUACGUCUACAGCUCCAUGGCCUACUACUUCGACCGCGAUGACGUGGCCCUGAAGAACUUCCACAAGUUCUUCAAGGAGCUGUCUCACGAGGAGCGCGACCACGCCGAGAAGCUGCUCGAGUACCAGAACAAGCGUGGCGGCCGCGUCGUGCUGCAGGACAUCAAGAAGCCGGACCGGGACGAGUGGGGCAAUGGCCUUGAGGCGCUGCAGCUGGCGCUUCAGCUGGAGAAGAGCGUGAACCAGGCGCUGCUGGAGCUGCACGCCCUCGCCGACAAGAACAAGGACCCUCAGCUGUGCGACUUCAUCGAGAGCCACUACCUGGAGGAGCAGGUGGACGCCAUCAAGCAGCUGGGCGAGCACAUCACCAACCUCAAGCGCCUCGGCGUGCCGCAGGCCGGAGUGGGCGAGUACCUCUUCGACAAGAUGACGCUGGGCAGCUGAGCGGCGGUGGUGGCUGCGGCGGUGGCGGCGAGCGGUGGGAAGUCGACGCUCGCCGUUGGUUGCCACCUGACGUAGCGCGGCACCGUUCGUGGUGGCGCUGGUGCCGUUACGCGGCGAGCGCGACGAUUCCUCCUUCGAAGCGGAUUUCGCGGUCCGUUCGCUGUUGCCGGUCACCGCACCGGCGCCACCGCGAGGGUUUUCCGCCGCUGCCCGAAGGUGGUGCCUUCAAUCUGCCAUCGGGAUCAGCUCGACAGCGGGAUCGUUGUUGUUGUCCUUGAUCCUUGUUUGGCCGUAAUAAAGAUUAAUUAAAGCAA